AGAAAUACAAAGGGGAAAAUGGCAACUACUACUACAAAGAAGAAACCAGAGAAAACAAUUCCUGGCUUAGUGGAGUUGGUGUUUUCUUGGUCUUUAAAGGAUGUGUUGAACAAAGAUCUUUACAAAGACAAGGUGAAAGAAAUUCCAGAGACAUUUGUGUCAAUUGAUCUUUAUUUGAAGUCAUACAUAACUCCACUAGUUGAAGAAACACAUGCUGAUUUGCUAUCAAAUGUGUCCACAGUUUCGCGGGCACCUGCUCUUGAGGUUGUUGAUGUUAAAGUAUCAAAAGAGUUUAAGCCUCCGAAAGGUUUAUAUUACAAUAUUUUGUUGAAAAGAAAUCAGAAAAUAGAGGUGGGAGAGAAUAGUGAAUCGAAGCAUGAAUCGAACUAUGAACCAGAAGUUGGUGAUCUGAUUGCUCUAACAGAUGUGAGACCACGAAGAAUCGAGGAUUUAAAUAGGCCUAAGAGAUCGUUCCUAAUUGCUAUAGUUCAAGGUAUGAAUGAUGAUGGCUAUAGAAUACCUAUCUUGUCUUCACAGCUUAUUCCGUUUAAGAAACCGGAUAGGGCAACAGGUGAACAAGGGGACAAGCUUUUUGUUGUCUAUCUUUCUAAUUUGACAACAAACCUUCGAAUAUGGAAUGCAUUGAAUCCAGACCGGGAAAAUUCAAACUUUAAUAUCAUUAAGACUGUGAUGAGAGGUGAUGAUUUGAAUGUUGGUGAAGUAGACUGCUCCCUUUGUUCCGUUAGAGAAACAGAAACUAAUAUUGCUAUAUCAAGUUCAAGAGCCAUUGCUCAAUCUUUCGAGCUAGAUAGUGCUCAACAAGAAGCUGUUGUAAGUUGUGUUGCUACAAGAGAAUGUGCUCAUCAGAACACGGUUAAGCUAAUUUGGGGUCCUCCAGGAACUGGAAAGACAAAAACAGUUGCUUCUUUACUUUAUGUCCUGUUAAAGAUGAGGUGCAGAACUUUGACUUGUGCGCCCACGAAUGUUGCUGUGUUGGGAGUGACUAAGAGGCUGAUGCAGAAUGUACAGAGUUGUUUGCAUUAUGACACGUAUGGUUUAGGAGAUAUUGUCUUAUUUGGUAAUGGGGAACGAAUGAAGAUCGAUGAUCAUGAAGAUCUGUUUGAUGUCUUUCUUAGUAACCGUGUUGCUGCUCUUGCUAGCUGCUCGUCUCCGAUUAGUGGAUGGAGAAUUGGUAUACAGACCAUGACAUGUUUGCUCGAGAAUCCUGAAGAAGAAUAUCGUAAGUACUUGGAAAAACUAAAGGACAAGGACCAUGACAGUGAUGAUAAUGUGGAGAUAGAUGAUGAGGUAGGGGAAGAAAAAGGAAGUGUUACUAGUCAAGAAUCUAGUUUGAGCAAUGAUCAAGGACUCGACAAAAAUAAGAAGAGUAAGUUAUGGAAGAAAUUUGUUGUUGAUACCUUAAAAGAGAACAAGAAGGAAGAUAAACAAAAUUCUCAAAGGGAUAACAACUCGAAAGGUGGUGAAAAAGCAAACAAGGUUAAGAACAAAGGGGAGGCGAGCAGCAAAGAAGUCAUCGUGUUGACACUUGAUGAGUUUGUCAACAAAAGAUUCAAAUGUAUCCAGAAUCAGUUAACAUUUUGCAUAACGAGCUUGUAUACGCAUCUACCUACUUCUAUCAUUUCACUAGAAGUAGCUAAGGAGAUGAUCAGACUACUUAAGAUGUUUCAAACUCUUGGAAAAUUGUUUGCUACUGUGGAACAAUCUGAAGGAUUAAAAGAAAUUCUACCGGGAUUUGCUACAAAGAAUAAGACAAGACGUCUAAAUAUUCGUACUACUAAAACAGAAUGCCUAAAAGUGUUGAAAUUUCUUAAUGAAAGCAUCUCUCUUCCCAAUUUCAUUGAGGACUACAAAAUUCGAAGUUUUUGUCUGAAAGGUGCAUGUUUGAUUUUCUGCACGGCUUCUAGCUCGAUAAAGUUGCACACGGAAGGAAUGACACCACUGGAGAUGGUUGUUAUUGAUGAAGCUGCUCAGCUGAAAGAAUGUGAAUCCACUAUUCCGUUACAACUCCCUGGUCUCCGCCAUGCUAUACUCAUCGGUGAUGAAAAACAACUGCCUGCUAUGGUUCAGAGCAAGAUUUGCGAGAAGGCAGAGUUCGGGAGGAGCUUAUUUGAGAGGCUGGUAAUUUUAGGACACAAGAAGCACCUUCUUAAUGUUCAAUAUAGGAUGCAUCCAAAAAUAAGUUUGUUCCCAAACAACGAGUUCUAUCAGAAGAAAAUUAUGGAUGGUCCUAAUGUGAAAUCAGCUGCAUAUGAGAAGAGAUUUCUUACUGGAGAUAUUUUUGGCUCGUAUUCAUUUAUUAACGUAAGUAGUGGAAAUGAAGAUCAAGAUGAAAGACACAGCACGAGAAAUAAGGCAGAAGCUUUCGUUGUAGCUGAGAUUAUUGCCAACCUUCAUAAAGAAUCCAUCUCUUCGAAACAAAAAGUUCGUGUUGGUUGUAUAUCUCCUUACAAGGCUCAAGUUUUUGCUAUUCAACAAAUUCUUGGCAACAAAUAUAGCACAGAUGUUAAGAGUGACUUCUCUGUGAAUGUACGCUCCGUUGAUGGUUUUCAAGGUGGUGAAGAGGAUGUGAUAAUUAUAUCCACUGUUCGUUGUAAUGGCAAUGGAUCGGUUGGUUUCCUCUCGAAUUUUCAAAGGGCAAAUGUAGCAUUGACUCGAGCAAGGUACUGCCUUUGGAUAUUGGGAAAUGGCACAACUUUGGUUAACAGUGGUUCCAUAUGGAAGAAGUUGGUCGUUGAUGCCAAGGUUCGCGGUUGUUACUUUGAUGUUACUGAAGACAAGCGAUUGAGUCAAGCAAUUUUGAACGCAACCAUUGAACUUGGCAAGCUAGAAACAUUACUCAAAACAGAUUCACCUUUAUUUCAAUCAGCCAAAUGGAAGGUUGUAUUUAGUGAGGAUUUCUCAAAAUCCAUUGCCAGAAUUAAGGAUGUUGAGAUAAGUAAAGAAGUGAUUUCCCUUUUGGUGAAGCUUUCGAGUGGUUGGCGUAAGUCAGAAAAGAACCACAUGUUCAGCAACAAAGGCGGAAAUUCUUCUGUACGGUUGGAGGAGUAUGUUGUCAAGCACCUAAAAUUGAUUUGGACCAUAGAUAUUCAGCAGCAGAACUCUACAUACCUUCAAGUACUAAAGAUAUGGGACAUUUUACCAGGAAAUCAUAUACCAAAAUUUGCAAAGAAUCUCGACAAACAUUUUGGUCAAUAUACCAUUGAUAUGAUGAAUCGAUGCAAAUACAAACGUGUGGAACGAAACUUUGUAUUUCCAAUGACUUGGGUAAUUGAUGGAAAUGUUGUCUCAACAACAACCUCACCUCACAGUAACCGAGACGACAACUUGGCACGCCAAUUGGCAGCUAUGAAUUUGAGGGAUAAACCAGGAUCGUCGAGAAGUUCCAAUAAUUUUCAAAAGUCCAAGAAGAAGAAAGGAGAAGUGUUCCGCGAAUCAAAACAGAACCAACUUGCUGAAGAUUUCAUGGAAAAAUAUACACGCAACAAGUCCAAAUAGAAGUCUAAACAUCGCGUA